GCUGGCCGCCCAGGUGUGCGGCGCUGCCCAGGGGAGGGGCGACGCCCGCGACCUGGCGCCAGCACCCUGGCUGCACGCGCGGGCGCUCCUGCCCCCACCGGACGGGCCCCGCGGCUGUGCUGCAGACAGGAGAAAAAAGAAAGAUCUUGAUGUUCUGGAAAUGCCAUCUAUUCCAAACCCUUUUCCUGAGCUAUGCUGUUCUCCAUUUACAUCUGUGUUGUCAGCAGGCCUGUUUCCCAAAGCAAAUUCAAGGAAAAAACAGGUAAUUAAAGUAUACAGUGAAGAUGAAACCAGCAGGGCUUUAGAGGUACCCAGUGACAUAACUGCCCGAGAUGUUUGCCAGCUGUUGAUCCUGAAGAAUCAUUACAUUGAUGACCACAGCUGGACCCUUUUUGAGCAUCUGCCUCACAUAGGUCUAGAAAGAACAAUAGAAGACCAUGAGCUGGUGAUUGAAGUGCUAUCUAACUGGGGAAUGGAAGAAGAAAAUAAGCUAUACUUUAGAAAAAAUUAUGCCAAAUAUGAAUUCUUUAAAAACCCAAUGUAUUUUUUUCCAGAGCAUAUGGUGUCUUUUGCAACUGAAACCAAUGGUGAAAUAUCCCCCACACAGAUUUUGCAGAUGUUUCUGAGUUCAAGCACAUAUCCUGAAAUCCAUGGCUUCUUACAUGCAAAAGAACAGGGAAAGAAGUCCUGGAAAAAGAUUUACUUCCUUCUAAGAAGAUCUGGUUUAUAUUUUUCUACUAAAGGGACAUCAAAGGAACCACGGCAUUUGCAGUUUUUCAGCGAAUUUGGCAAUAGUGAUAUUUAUAUGUCACUGGCAGGCAAAAAAAAACACGGAGCACCGACUAACUAUGGAUUCUGCUUUAAGCCUAACAAAGCGGGAGGGCCCCGAGACCUGAAAAUGCUCUGUGCAGAAGAAGAGCAGAGUAGGACGUGCUGGGUGACCGCGAUUAGAUUGCUUAAGUAUGGCAUGCAGCUGUACCAGAAUUACAUGCAUCCAUAUCAAGGUAGAAGUGGCUGCAGUUCUCAGAGUAUAUCACCCAUGAGAAGUAUAUCAGAGAAUUCCCUGGUAGCAAUGGACUUCUCAGGCCAGAAAAGCAGAGUUAUAGAAAAUCCCACUGAAGCCCUGUCUGUUGCUGUUGAAGAAGGACUCGCUUGGAGGAAAAAAGGAUGUUUACGCCUGGGCACUCAUGGUAGCCCCACUGCCUCUUCACAGAGUUCUACCACAAACAUUGCUAUCCACCGGUCCCAACCAUGGUUUCACCACAAAAUUUCUAGAGAUGAAGCUCAGCGAUUGAUUAUCCAGCAAGGCCUUGUGGAUGGAGUUUUCUUGGUACGGGAUAGUCAGAGUAACCCCAAAACUUUCGUACUGUCAAUGAGUCAUGGACAAAAAAUAAAGCACUUUCAAAUUAUACCAGUGGAAGAUGAUGGUGAAAUGUUCCACACCCUGGAUGACGGCCACACGAGAUUUACGGAUCUAAUCCAGCUGGUGGAGUUCUAUCAACUCAAUAAGGGCGUUCUUCCUUGCAAGUUGAAACAUUAUUGUGCUAGGAUUGCACUUUAGCCAAACCAGAAGUGACUUGUUAAACUUGAAGAAAAAAGACUCAAGAAAAAAACAAAAAGGAAAAAGAAAGACCGUAAAUAAGGGUGGAAGCAUUGCUGUGGUGAAAAGAAUCUAUUUCACCUACACGUUACAAAAAAUAGUUUGUGCAUUGCAAAUAAACAAAGAUUUGGAUUGACAUUACAUUCAUCAUUUAAAAUUCAUUAGUUAAAUUAAACCU